AUGAAACUCUAUUCAAUACCAACACCAAAUCUUGAUGUCGUGAUAGAACACACCAACUUCUACAACGAAUCGCGGCUGAAGAACCUUAGCGAAGUGGACACUUUGUUUUACAAGGUCAACUGGACACAGUACUUUCUACUCAUGGCACCGCCUGAAAUUCACGAUUACAUACUACAAGAUCCUCUUGUCGCUGUUCCCAGUACUGAAUAUCUGGAGAGACUCAAUGAAGUUCUCAACGGAACAUCACCAAGAACUCUCACUAAUUAUGUGAUGCUUCAGUACAUUUUAUCAUGGGCACCUUUACUGGGACAAAAAUACACCGACCUAGUGCAAUGGUUUGCUUCGUCAAUCAGUACAACCCCUCCACGAAACAGAAGCGAAGUGUGCUUCUCCGAAACUAAUAAGCACUAUACACUGGCAUUGUUAGCAAUGUACGCACGUUCCAGGUCAACAAAGGUCCUAAGACCAUUAAUGGAAGAAAUGCUCGUUGGGAUUAUCAAAGGGCUUAAAGAUGAAAUAGAGCAAAGUAAGUGGAUGAGCGAAGAGUUCAAGCAGGUGAAAUUUUGA